UACUUUCCUUUGGCAACUUUGUCAAACUCUCAAUUAUUUUAACUUAUAUAAAUGAAUGAAUUACACAAAUUGUAUACAACUAUGAUACCAAACCUUUCCUCUAUUUACAAAUUUUCCCUUUUGUCUUUUCUUCUUGGUUUAGACAUCAUAUGAAUCUUCAAAACCUAUUCAUGGUAAAGAAAUCUGUUUCUGUUCUUGCCGUCGCGAUUCUGUUCUUCACCUUAACAGAUGACACUCUUUGUAUAUACCUUAAUUCUAGUGCUUGCGUUACGCAGAGUUGUGGUGAUGGAGUGAACAUAUCAUACCCCUUUUGGAUUCCUGAGAAACAGCCAUCCUACUGUGGCUUACCAGCUUAUAAUGUCACUUGCAACAAACAUAAACCAUUUGUUCAUAUUUCUCAAGAGGAGUUUAUCAUUAAGGAAGUAUAUUACACAAACUACUCGAUUCUGCUAGCAAAAGCAGAUGUGUUUGAUAAAGAAAACAAAUGUCCAGUACCAAGACAUAAUUUUAGCACAAGGGGUACUCCAUUUUCUUUGGGGCCUAACACUGCAGAUCUCUUUUUCUUCUAUGACUGCACUCUACCUUAUGAAAGGGAGACAUAUGAUGUCAAUUGUGCCCGUAAUGCCACUCACCAUUCUUUCGCGGUUUUUCAUACUGAGCUUUUGGAGCACUAUAACUAUUCAGUCGAAUCGUGUCAGGAUCCUGUUUAUGCCCUUGUUGAGACUGAUUCCAUAGAUAGGUUGCUAGAAAUGAAUUACACACAAGUAUUACAAAAGGGAUUCUUUCUGCAGUGGGAUGGGAGUAAUUGUAGAAAUUGUCGGAAUAGUGGAGGGCGUUGUGGUGCUCAAAGUAAUGAAUUUCUCUGCAUUUGCAAUGACCAAACCCAACCGAAAACAUGCUUUCGUGGAGGAAGGAAAAUCGGAUUAAAGAUUGGCAUAGGCUUUGGUACGUCUGCAUUUACUGCUUUGAUGGCAGGUGUAAUUUUCCUUAUCUAUCGUCGUAGACAGAACAGAAAAAGUUAUGCUGGUUCGUCGUUGAUCACCAGAAGCAUUCUUUCCUAUCCCUCCUCCAUGAAGGAUCCUGAAAAGGCUAAUAUAGCUAUGGGAGUUCACCUCUUUGACUAUAAUGAACUCGAAGAAGCUACUAACAAUUUUGAUUCCAAGAAUGAGCUUGGAGAUGGUGGAUAUGGCACAGUAUAUAAAGGUAAACUUCGAGAUGGACGUGUCGUUGCUGUUAAGCGUUUGUAUGAAAACAACUGCAAGAGAGUAGAGCAAUUCAUGAAUGAAAUUGAUAUCCUAACACGGUUGCAUCAUCCAAAUCUUGUCACUCUUUACGGAUGCACAUCUCGCCAUUCCCGUGAGCUUCUACUUGUUUAUGAAUACAUUCCCAAUGGCACAGUUGCUGAUCAUCUACACGGUGGAGAUUCAAGGCGUGGAUCGCCUUCAUGGAAUACACGAAUGAAAAUUGCCACAGAAACAGCAAAUGCACUUGCCUAUCUCCAUGCUUCAGACGUCAUCCACCGUGAUGUAAAAACUAAUAAUAUCCUUCUGGACAACAAUUUCUGUGUUAAAGUAGCAGAUUUUGGCUUGUCUCGGCUUUUCCCAACGCAUCUUACUCAUGUCUCAACAGCUCCACAGGGUACUCCUGGAUAUGUUGAUCCUGAGUACCACGAGUGCUAUCAGCUCACUGACAAAAGUGAUGUUUAUAGUUUCGGAGUGGUAUUAGUUGAGCUUAUAUCAUCACUGCCUGCUGUUGAUAUCUGUAGGCACCGACAUGAAAUUAAUUUGUCAAAUAUGGCCAUCAACAAGAUUCAGGGAAAUGCAUUACAUGAAUUGGUGGAUUCAAAUAUCGGGUUUGACACUGAUGAUAUAAUAAGGUCAAUGAUCACUGCAAUGGCAGAAUUAGCAUUCCAAUGUCUACAGAACGACGGGGAUAUGAGGCCAUCUAUGCAGGAAGUUGUGGAGGCUCUACUGAGAAUUCAGAGAACGAAUAAAACAGGCAAAACAGACAAGGGUCCUGAUGACGAUGAUGCAGGCUUGUCGAAGAAUAACACAUCAUCAGUUUCACCUGAUUCGGUUACUGCAAAAUGGAGUAGCAAUUCAACAACACCCAAUGGUAGUACCUAGCAUUUGGUUCGCUAAGGUGGUGCACUCGAAUGCCUUCCAUGUUGGUUUUCAAAACCUGAAUUACAUACACUUUGUUUACCUUGGUUUUCUCUGUUAAAGAGGAUGUACAUAUGUCAGUGCAGAAUGUUUAAUGAUUCGAUUUGAACUUCUCAAGCCUUCUUUUCUCUUUUAGAUCUCUGAUCUGCUGAUUUAUUUUUGUAGCAGUACAUGUUAACUUUAUUGUGUAGCAACAGAAGAAUAGGAUUAGUUUCAAGAAUACAUUAUCCGUGUAGUGUAGUAUGACAACUGACCGAUUUUGAAUGUAAAAUAAAAAGUUCAGUGCUCUUAAGCAAGAUAGAUUCUACGCGCUCAAUCCUUUCUACUGAUUUAUCUUUAAUUUUCUUUAACCAAGAGUUGCUUUCCAGCAGAAUGCUCUUUCAUCAAGAGCUAUGCUCCUUGAACACUUCAAUAACAUCAACAGGUGCAUUUUGGAUGGUCUACAAGUACUGUAUUUUUGAAGGAUCUGAUACGUGUGUGUCAACAUUUUUGAAGAGUCUGCACAACAUAGAUCAAGAAGUAGAGAAGCUCAUUCGUCUCAUUUAUCACAUAUCAAUAUUUCCGAUUGGGAAAAUGAGUAGACAAAAAUCGUUGAUUUAAGACAAAAGAUACCUAAAAGCAGGGGAAAUACAGGCAAGUCUAGUGGUUUUUCAGGCGCUUAAGACCCAACUCCUUUGAAAUAGACAAAAUUUUGGGACUUUUUGAAUCGUUUCCAGCUGCCCAAUUUUAGCAAAAGUAUCAACCGAAUUCCCUGACCCAGGCCCAAUCUUUAAUUUCUACCUUAACACCUCGACCCAGCCCAUCUCCCCUUUAGACCCGACCCAAAUUGGUAUCUUCCCAAAAGGAAACCCAGCUGGAGACAGCGAGAGGCUGCCAGAAGACCUCAACUUUGUUCCUUCUCAUCGCAAUCCCAAACACGCACAUCAGUGCGUGAACCACAACCGAAGUGAUUCUCCGCGUCAAAGUGACAAACAGAAAUCUCAAGCGCCUCCUUUGAUGCAACAAGAGAACGAUUCCAAUCCAAGAGCUCGAUGGCGCGUGAGACGUCUCGCUCUCCUUUCUGCUUUGAAGGGCUCUUUCUGCAACCUUACCCGUACAGGAGUGUUCCCAGACCUGCAGCUAGUCCUUGCUUGCGUGGAUGGACGCCACAUCAAGUAGCAAGGACGAUGAAGUUCAUCACAUAUGUCCAUUCCUUUCCCAUUUUCAGAUUGUUUUCAAAAGACAGGGAAAGGUUGUUUGGCAAAGAUUGGAGUUGAAAGGUUUAGGUUUUGGACUGGAAUUUGGGCUUUUCAUUUUUGGAUCCGUUGUUCCCCUUUCUCGAACCCUAAUUGCCUCCAUGUAAGAUUUCUUCUUCAUCCUAUUUAAGGGAGCCACAAGAUACAUCGAAAAAAAGAAGAAGAAAAUUAUGGAGAAUAGCCGAUAAGAAAACAAAAGAAAUAUCAAAAGGUCACAGAAAGGUUGGAAAAUAGUUUCUUAGGAUCGUUUUUUUACGGGUCUAGGUUCCAAGGGAGAUUCACAGUUUUGGUUUAUUGUUCGCGUCGGAGUUCGAAGCUAGUGGAUUUUUUUUCCUUUUGGUGUGAAGUUCGCUGCUCAUUAGCUGCUCGUUGCUGCCCCCUAAAAGGUAACAUCCCCACCUUAGCAUGCCUCUCUCGUUCUUUUUUUUUCAUUUCAAAGUGAUUUAUAAUACGAUAAGAAGCUUGUAUCCCCUGUUUGCCCGUUGGUUUAAAGUCACUAUGAGUUGAUAAUUUUAAUGUGAAGUUUUCUUUAUUUCAUUUAUUUAUUUCUCCCUUUUGUUGUUUUUUUUUCUUCUUUUUCUUUCUUCUUAUUAUUUUUUAAUUAUUGUUGGAGUUCGCUGUAUAGUUUAUUUGUUGCUGUUCUUGUAGCGUAUUUGAGAUAGUUUAAUGAUCGUUUGAGCUUACGCUGCUGGCCGUGCUCUUCCUAAAUUCAUAACCUUCAUGUUUGCCUUAAAGUUCAGAUUAUUCGCCUACUAGUCGUCCACCUUUUCUUUUUAUUCUUAAGCAUGUUUUAUCGUUGUGAGCAGACCGAUUGUUGGUUCCAAAUUAACUGUGUAUUGAUUAUUCGAAGCAUGAUACAUGUUUUCGGGGUUGUGGCUUUGGUUUAGUUGCAUGUUUACGUGAAAUCUUGGAAGUGGCUUGUAAGAGGAACCGAAUCUCAUUUCAUUCAACUUUGUUUGUGUGCCUGUAUGCCAUUCAUCUGUGCUUUUUUUGCAAUCAUAGUUAGUUUUCACUAGUUGUUUCCUCAUUCGUCAUCAUGGUCUUAUAUUUAUGCUUAAAUGUAAUAGAAUCAUAGUGGUUGUCAUGAGUUUGAUUUAAAGUCGGAAACCAUUUUUUCCCUUCAGAAAUUUCCUCAUACUGUCUCCAAUUAGUUUUUUUUUUUAAUUCUCAUAAUUAAAUCCGUCUAAAGGUGACUCCCUGUUCAGCAGCUUGUUUCUUGAAUCAUUCAUGCUUGUUUGGUCCAAGUUCUCCUCAUUUUGAAUUAUUGUUCCUCCUCAUCCGAGCCCUUUUUAUCUGACUCAAAAUCUUUUUAUGUAAUAAUUGUUGUACCCAAGUUCAGGCUGUCAAGCUUUGAGCAGACUUCUCUUGAAAAUAUAGUUAGAUGGACAUUAGAGCUCUCUGUUCAAUAUAGUUACCUUUCUCUAGCCCUCGCGUUGUUUCGUUCUUGUUUUCUCUGUGGAUUGAAGCUCUCCAAUGGUGAGAUUAUAUUAAUUCCCAUGAGUUUGAAUAUUAUAUCAUAUCAUUGCUGGAUUUGUUUCGUUUUAGCUUGUUGUUUAUUGAAAUUUUAUUAAAAGUCGAACUUAUAUUAGAGUGAAAGCUUGUAUGAUUACUUUAUUGGUUUAGUUACCACAAGUGCUAAUACUUCAUUCAUCUCUCUUUGUCACAUGUGAAUUCCAAGUCCACAUGAAUUCUUCCUUCCCCCUUGCAUUAUAUCUCAAGUAUCGUCUCAACGGAUAAAGACGAUGGACAACCCCGAAGUUUAAAAGAUUGAAGAAGUUGGAUUAGAAGACCCUUUAUUUUCAGUUUUUGCAUUUUUAUUUGUAAUGGGCCUAAGCCUUUGUCGCCCUUUUAUUUACUUUGUGUUAUUGUAUUGUUUUACUAGAACUUAGGAUAGGUACAAAACAAGAGGGUCAAAAUCCCAAAACAGGUGGGUCCAAAACCGGUCAAGGCUAACAGAACCCGGAGUUGGGUCCAAAUCUCUUUUCUUCUCUCUCUUUACUUGGUUUUAA